AUGACAGUCGCAGAGUUGCGACAAUAUGACGGUACCCAACCCGAUGGUAGGGUUCUCGUUGCGGUUAAUGGUUGGAUUUUCGACGUAACUCGAGGACGUCGAUUCUAUGGUCCCGGUGGCCCAUAUGCGGCAUUUGGUGGGAAGGAUGCAUCAAGAGGUCUGGCAACAUUCUCUGUAACAUCCUCAGACAAGGAAUAUGAUGACUUGAGCGAUCUAAAUUCUAUGGAGAUGGAUUCGGUCAAAGAAUGGGAGGCACAGUUUAGAGAAAAAUACGAUCUCGUCGGCAGACUUCUCAAGCCCGGAGAAGAAGCCACGAGCUACUCGGACGAAGAACUCGAAGAGACCGACAACUCGACCGCCAGCCCCGAAGAGAAGAAAGAGAAA